AAAAAAGCUGAAGAUGACAUUUGAAAAAUUUUUAUUGAUCAUUUUCCUGAUCGGGAUUUAUUUUUCAAAGAUCCAAGGACGAGGAUUAAUGCUCGAUCCUAUUAGCAGGAGCAGUGCUUGGCGAAAAGGAUUCCCUGUUGAACCGAAUUACAACGAUCAUGAACUCUUCUGCGGAGGAAUAGAUAUCCAAUAUGGACAAAAUGAGCAAAAAUGUGGCGAAUGCGGUGACGAUUACGCUAUUUCUCGUCCAAGACCAAACGAGAACGGUGGUCUUUACGGAACCGGUGUAAUUGUGAAAAGAUACAAGGCAAAUCAAAUCAUAAAUGUAAAGCUAAAACUGACCGAUAACCGUUUAGGAACAUUCACAUUCAACCUGUGUCCUCUGAACGAGACAUUCCACCUCGAAACCGAGAAAUGCUUCAAUCAGUACCCGCUGAAAUUGGUCGAUCAAUAUAAUUACAACUUCCAAGUACCCAACGUGAAAACAGAAUUCAACAUAGCAGUCCGUAUACCGAAUAUAACGUGCAACCAAUGCGUGUUCAGAUGGGAAUACCAAGCUGGGAACAAUUUCGGCCGAUGCUACAAUAAUGAAAAUCCCUCUAUUGGAUGCGGGCCUCAAGAAACUAUUCGAAAUUGCGCCGACAUUGCGAUCGAACCUGGUGAAAAUUCGUGAAGAAAUUCGCUUAAUCGAAAAACAUAAUUAUUUGAUUAAAUUGAGUUGUAAUAAUUUCAAUCUUGGAAAGAUUCUCAAGAAUGAUUAAAAUGCCAUAGAUAUCUAUCCAUGGAAUUUUACAAUAAGAUCGAAAAUCAUUGCGAUAACUUAAUUGAGAAUUAAGAAUCGAGAUAAAAACACGAUAAUUCAGAUUUCGAUAAGAAAUCAAAAAUUAUUCAGAACGUAUACAGAAUAUUCGAUAUUAUAUAAUUAAUUUCAAUAAUAAUAAUUUACUUUUUUCUUUUUUUUUUUUUUUCGAUCUUGAUGGAUUAGCGAGUAUUUACAUAUUGUUAUUUGAAUGAUACAUUCAAUCUGGAUU